CGUUAUUGUGUCAACUUCGUCAUGCGAGCUGUCUGAGAAGGGUGCCGUCCCGAAACGUCACCCUUCGUUUUUCUCCAGAGAUGCUGCCUGACCCGCUGAGUUCCCCCAGCACUUUGUGGCCUCUCUGCUGCAAAACUCAGAUGGUCGAGUGUUUGAUAAAAUGUCCUCUGGCUGUGGUCCAACACUAUUGGCUGUGCUUCCCCCUGCAGCUACUUGGGUUGGUGGAGCCUACAUCAACGGCACGGCUGAGAUGGUCUACCGGCCGGACGCCGGCCUGGUGUGGACCGUCGCCCCUUGGACCACCCUCCUCUGCCUCUUCAUCGGGGGAUUGUUUUUUGCCAAGAAGAUGCGGCAACACAAGUACGUGACCAUGUUGGAUCCCUUUCAACAACAGUACGGCAACCGCAUCGCCAGCCUGAUCUUCAUCCCAGCUGUAAUCGGGGAAAUAUUCUGGUCAGCCGCUAUCCUGGCUGCCUUAGGUACAACGUCCAGUGUGAUGCUUGAUCUCGAUAGGAAUCUAUCCAUGGCGAUCUCGGCCAGUGUGGCAAUGCUCUACACACUGCUUGGGGGCCUGUAUUCCGUUGCAUACACCGACAUUGUCCAGUUAGGAUGCAUCUUCUUUGGUUUGUGGCUUUGUGUGCCAUUCACAAUGCUGAAUCAUGCUGUUACAAGCAUCAAGAUCACAGCCAUUGAGGAGGUCCAUCAAAAGCCCUGGCUGGGAAAAAUCGAUGAGAUAUUUAUUGGAAAGUGGAUAGAUGAUCUUUUGCUGAUGGUGCUGGGCGGGAUUCCGUGGCAAGCUUAUUUUCAACGAGUGCUGGCUUCAUCCUCUGUGAAAAGUGCUCAGAUACUAUCAAUUGCGGGAGCGUUUGGUGGAUGUAUCAUGGGCAUUCCCUCUGUACUGAUUGGUUCAGUCGCCGCUUCUACAGACUGGAAUCAAACGUCGUAUGGGUCCACGUCACCUUUCGAGAAGGGAGAGGCUGCCAUGAUCUUGCCCAUCGUCCUUCGCCACCUGUGUCCUCCCUACAUCUCCCUGUUUGGGACCGGUGCCAUUGCUGCUGCCGUCAUGUCUUCCACUGACUCCUCCCUCCUCUCGUCCAGUUCCAUGUUCACCCACAAUAUCUACCGCAGGAUUCUCCGACCAAAGGCAUCAGACCGGGAAGUGAUGUACGUGAUGAAGAGUACGGUCCUUGUGGUGACGGUCCUUGCCACUGUCCUUGCCCUCUUCACCAGCACCAUCUACGGCCUGUACGCGCUGAGCGCCGACAUUGUGUACGUUGUCAUUUUCCCCCAGCUGGUGUGCGUGCUGUACGCUCCCUGCGUGAACAGGUUCGGUUUUGUCACUGGCGUUCUGACGGGGGCAUUGCUGAGGAUGGCCGGUGGGGAGCCACUGUUUGACCUCCCACCUCUCAUCUACUAUCCCGGGGGUCACUUCCAAGAUGACUACUAUGUCCAGACUUUCCCCCACAAGACGUUUGCAAUGCUUUUCUCUCUCAUCAUAACCGUUGUCUUGUCACAUAUCAGCAAACUUAAGUGGCCAGAGGUGUUUGUAACAACGCUGACAAUGACAGGAAUGCCAAUGGAGGUGAUAGCCACUGAUGUGUUACAUUAAUAAACUGGAAUCAUAAUAUGCAGACAAUAUAAAACACAUAAACAGUACAGGAACAGGUAGUGACUGUGCCAAAUAUGAUGCCAACACAAACUAAUGUCACCUGCCAGCAUGUGAUCCACAUCCCUCCAUUCCCUGCAUAUCCAUGUGUCUAACCAAAAGCCUCUUAAACAUCACUAUCAUAUCUGCCUCCACUACCACCCCUGGCAGUGCAUUGCAGGCACCCCCUGUGUAAUAAACUUACCCCGUUCAUCUCCUUUAAAUAUUGCCCCUCUCACCGCAAAGCUAUGCCCUCUAGUCUCGACCCUGGCAAAAAGUUUCUGAUUGUCUACCUUAUCUAUGCCUCUCAUGGUUUUAUAUAUUUUUUAUAUCAGGUUCCCUUGCCAACAGUGGCUGCCUCGCCAACAGUCUGUCCCUUCCUUCUUUGUUUAAAUAGUAUGUGUAUGUUAGUUAAAUGUACGUUUUUAGUGUUCGUUAGCUUAUUUUAUGUGUGGGGUGGGGGAGUUGGGGGAAACUGUUUUUAAUCUCUUACCUGGAAGGGGAUGCGAUUUUUUCCCGUGCCGUAUCUCUGCCCGCGCUGAGGCUUAACAUCGAGUAGUUGCCGGCCUUUGCUGGAGACCGACCGGGAGCUACAUCACGGGGAGACUGCGGACUUUGUGUGCAUGUGUUGUGCUGCAGCAAGUAAGAUGUUCAUUGUUCUAUCUGGGACAUAUGACAAUAAAACACUCUUGACCUCGGAGCACCAACUCGGUGCCUGCGGACUUUAACAUCGCGGAGCUUACGGUCUCUGGUUAGAGACCGAUUUUGGGGAACUCCAAGCCGCAGGAACUUCGACCGUCCCGACGCGGGAUUUUCGAUCGCCCUGACGCAGAAGCUUCGACCGCUGGCUGCGGGAGCUUCGAUCGCCCUGAACGCAGGAGAAUAAAGAGGAAGAUUGGACUUUAUUGCCUUCCAUGUGGUGGAUGUUUAUGUUAACUUUUAUGUUGUUGUGUGUCCUGUUGCUUUUGUUUUCAUAUGGCUGUAUGGUAAUUCUCAUAUCACUGUACCUUAAAUGGUACACGUGACAAUAAAAGACCUUUGAAACCUUUGAGGUUAUAUAUUUAUUUGAGGUAUAAACCUAUUGAAUCUCACCCCCCCAUCCAUAAACCUACGCUCUCUAGUUUUAGAAUCCUCAACCACGGGAAAAAGACGGUAGUUCAGUAUCGUGACAACGUGAUCGGAAUGAAUGUUCGCAUUUGAAUCCAGGUUGAGGUUUAUUAUAGUCAUAUGUACAGAGGUGCAGUGUAGGAUAAAGAGGGAUAUGGAUUAUUGCAAGGUUGAUAAUAGUUGAUCUUGGCAUCAUGUUCAGCACAGACAUUGUGGGCCGAUGGGUCUGUUGCUGUGCUGUAUUGUUCUACGUUCUGGAUCAGAUCUAGGUACACAUGGAGUUAAUUAGUUCAAACUCAAGAUGCAAUAGGUAGAGCAAAGGGGGAGAUACAGAGUGUGGAAUAUAGUCCUAUGGACCUAAUACUGCAUGUAGCAAUGUUACAAAAUUUUGAGAUUUAAAAAAUCAAGUCUGCAAUUUAUCCCAUCAGAUAAAGCAUAACAAUAAGUUUAAUUUGACACCUAAUUCACUUUCAUAUCUCAAGUAUUAAAAAAGUUAUGACCAUUUUCAUACUCGGAAAUUAGCAUCUUGUUCCCUAUUGAUUUUCAAUGGACAUUACAAAAAAGCUGUGAUCUUGGAUUGUCAAUAGCCCAUUUCUUAAGGAAAGAUUAACAUUUUUAAAUAGCCUAAGUGUCCAAAGAAUAUUCACAAAUAAUUCACAAUAUAACAUGAUUUUUAUAUCUAAUUUACAUUAAUUUAUAGGCCAAAU